GGGCUCGCCUGAGGCUAGGCCGCGCGGGGGGCCCCGCCGUCAGCGCCGCGGCCCUUCCGCGUGUGGGGGAAGCGGCCGUGGUCACCCCGGGGCUGCGGGGAGGCUUGAUGUGCCCGAGGGCCCGCGGGGAUCGAAAAGAAAAAGCAGCGGCCAAUGCAAAACAAUCAAGUGUAGAGUCUGGACCAACCCGCUGCUCUCCUCCCCUUCUGAGACCCGCGCCUGCAAAAUGCAGCCUCCCUUGACUUGGUGUUUUGAAGUGUUACCCGCUGGUUUCAGCUGAGAAAUGGCGCUAAUGCGGAGAUACCGGCUAAGCAGCGUUGUUAAAUAGUCCAGGCUUUUUAUUUUUUUUAGUGCUGAGAGAGGAGAGGUUUGACCCGGCGGGCCCUGCAGGUUUCGGUAGGGCGGUAAAAAGCACCGAAAUUUAUCCCGACUAAAAAGCGUGACUUUUUUUUUUUUAAUAUCUUCGUUGUUUGUUGAACCCUGGGCUGUUCUCGGAGCCGGGUGUUUGACAUUGGUAGCACGUGAGAAGGGCUUUCCUCUGUGGCAGGUGGAGCUGGCUUUACGCCCCCCUGGUCUGCGCUGCUGUUGUCGAACCGUGUAGAUGCCUUCGCUUCGUCGGGGUUGGACUAGAAACGAGUGUUACAGCAUCAGCGAGCGGCGGGCUAGUGAGACGUAGGGCAUUUCGUCAAGCGGCUUGGUUUGCGAUCCUUUUCUCUUCCCUGGACCGGCGUGUCUCAACCCGUGGGUCAUGAGAACAUAUGAGAGGAUUGCAAACACAUUUUAAAAAUGGGUUCUCAAUUUAAAGGACAAAAACACGGGAAACUGGGGGUUUCCCUAGAGUCCCCCGUGCCCCAGACUUGCCCCCUGCCCCACACACUGGGGCUGAGGCCUGGGGGCGAAGGGCGCUAGGUCAGGACUGGCCAUCGACGUUUACACACGGGUCCUGGUACAAAAAAAAAAAAGGUUGGCAACCGCUGCUCUGGGCACCUAAACCUCCUUAAAAACAUGCUAUGACCUUUUUAUUUCAUUUUCUUCCCUUUGGUGCAGGUCGUAGCCUGCACAUCUACCAUUUUCCUCUAACCCAAAAGCUUUCAGGGAGCUGAGCUGAUUGGAUUAUCAAGAUUUCAGAUAUCCAGACUGAGGUGCUGUGCACAGCAUUGGAAUUGAAGAGUUAUGGAACAGUACACAGCAAACAGCAACAGUUCUACAGAACAAAUUGUUGUGCAAGCUGGACAGAUUCAGCAGCAGCAGGGUGGUGUUACUGCUGUCCAGUUGCAGACAGAGGCCCAGGUGGCAUCCGCCUCAGGCCAGCAAGUCCAGACCCUCCAGGUAGUCCAAGGUCAGCCGUUAAUGGUACAAGUAAGCGGAGGUCAGCUGAUCACAUCAACCGGCCAGCCAAUCAUGGUGCAAGCUGUGCCUGGAGGUCAAGGCCAGACAAUCAUGCAAGUCCCGGUUUCUGGAACGCAAGGAUUGCAGCAGAUUCAGUUGGUCCAGCCAGGUCAGAUUCAGAUUCAAGGUGGGCAGGCGGUGCAGGUCCAGGGUCAACAGGGCCAGACCCAGCAAAUCAUUAUUCAGCAGCCACAGACUGCAGUUACUGCUGGCCAGACGCAGACCCAGCAGCAAAUAGCAGUUCAAGGGCAGCAGGUGGCACAGACAGCAGAAGGCCAGACCAUCGUCUAUCAGCCUGUUAAUGCUGAUGGCACCAUUCUUCAACAAGUUACAGUCCCUGUUACAGGCAUGAUCACCAUCCCCGCAGCCAGUUUGGCUGGAGCACAGAUUGUCCAGACGGGAGCCAACACCAACACAACCAGCAGUGGGCAAGGAACUGUAACUGUGACACUACCAGUUGCUGGAAAUGUGGUCAAUUCGGGUGGAAUGGUUAUGAUGGUACCAGGAGCUGGAUCAGUGCCAGCUAUCCAGAGGAUUCCUUUGCCUGGAGCAGAAAUGCUUGAAGAGGAGCCCCUGUAUGUAAAUGCCAAGCAGUACCACCGGAUUCUGAAGAGAAGACAGGCACGAGCUAAGCUGGAAGCUGAAGGGAAAAUCCCCAAAGAAAGAAGGAAAUACUUGCAUGAAUCCCGACAUCGUCAUGCUAUGGCUAGGAAGCGGGGAGAAGGUGGCCGUUUCUUCUCCCCAAAGGAAAAGGAUAGUCCCCAUAUGUCGCUUUGGACUUCAUUUGCUGACACCGGUUCACCGCAGUUACACGUGCACUUCUGGAACUGCAUGACAGAACUGAAUGGGGUACUCCAAGCUCCGUCCUGUAAAAUAAGUAAACAGCAAUCUUUUCUGGGAAAAGUUGAACCAUCUUUGUCAAGUUGCUUUGAAUACUGCAAAACCUUUACAAGACUUGAAAUGUUGUAUAUCUGUUUCAAGGAGUAAAAGGAGUGGCUCGCUGACAUAGAGAUAAACCAAUUAGGAGAAAUAAUGCGGGUGCUGGUGUUGUUCGAUAUGCAUGUUGAUGGCAGCAGAUGCUUUGGCAGAAAUCCAACUGCAGGCAUGAAAAGAAUUAAAUCCUCUAAGUGACUCUUCUAAUAGAUAUUCAGUGUCUCUCUUAAUUUUUGAAAAUUGCUGAUUCAGUACUUGGUUAUUACAAAAGAAAUGAAAUCUGAAAUCUCAUAGUAGCAAGACUGGCUAUCUCCUGGUGUGACCUGUUUUUCACUGGUAUUAUGAAUUCUACAGAGUUAUGUACAAUGCCUGAGUCUGUUCAGUAUGUAAGAUAGCUCUGUUGCCGCUGGAGCAGAGGACAGCUCGACUCGGUGAAUCUUAGUCUAGCUGAAGGACUGCUUUAUAAAUGAAGGCAGACCUUGGUGAUCUCUUUCAGGUUUUUUACAAAAUAGCCUCACGUUGUAAAGAUGACACUUAAGGAAUGGUGGGGUUUUUUUUGUUUUUUCUGAAA